UCCCCUCCUCCUUCUCCUCCAGGAGCCCAGCUGGAGAGUCUGAUGGAGAGCAUGAGGGCAGAGGUAGCCGCCCAGCAGCCCGUGGAGGGUUCCUACGCCCCCCGCAGAGGAGACUACUGCAUCGCCAAGUUCAGCGACGGAGAGUGGUACAGGGCCAGGGUGGAGAAAGUUGAAUCUCCAGCAAAGGUCCACGUGUUCUACAUCGACUACGGCAACAGAGAGGUAGUCUCGUCCACCAGGCUGGCCUCCAUACCUCCAGCCUUCAGCACCAGGACCCUGCCUGCCCAGGCCACAGAGUACACCUUCGCCUACAUCCAGGUUCCCCAGGACGAUGACACCAGGGGGGAUGUGGUGGACAGUCUGGUGAGGGACAUCCAGAACAGCCAGUGUCUGCUGAACGUGGAGUACAGCGGGGUGUCCUGUCCCCACGUCACCCUGCAGUUCUCAGACUCCAAGGAGGACGUGGGCCUGGGCCUGGUGAAGGAGGGCAUGGUGAUGGUGGAGAUACGCAAGGAGAAGCACCUGCAGAAGAUGGUGACUGAGUUCCUGAAUGGACAGGAGUCUGCCAAGAGUGCACGGCUGAACAUCUGGCGCUACGGGGACUUCAGGGCCGACGACGCAGAUGAGUUUGGCUACAGGCGCUGAGGCCACGCCCCCCUGAGGCCACGCCCCCCUGCAGCAUUCCUGAGACCGGGAGACGAGACGCGCUCAUCGGAAGACGAAAAACACAACAACAAACACAGAAAUAAACUAAACAAGCAUUGAAACUCUUCUACUUUGUAUCCAUCCCUCCGUUUCUGUCAAUGGCCUUUUGCUGUGUUCCCCCCCCCCCUCUAUCUCUGCCCCACUAGUGACACGCUAGUGUUGAACUACAUCUCCCAUCAUGCAACAGUGACCAUCUAUUCCCUCUAUGUUGCUUCAUCACUGUCUUUCUUACCAUCUUCCUGUUUUUGCCAACUUGCGUUGACUGCCAUGUUAAACCUCCAGCCAGCUUCCAGAUCGCUGCCUUCCUUCCCCUGCUAAUCAUGCUCCUCUCUGUUUUGACACAGUUUGUUGUUUUACAGAGAAAUACUUCCUCAAUCAAUGGCAUGUACAUGAAACUAAAUGUUGAAAAAUAAAUAAAAAGUGUAAAUGGAGUAUAUUUUAAAGCUAUAGACAGAGCUUCGAAGAGGGGAAAUAAUCCUGAAUGAUCUUAUUUUUUAGUUUUCGGUGUAUAUCUCUGUGAUAUCACAGUUUAAUGAUGUUUAUGUAGGAAGGGUUUGUUUCUGGUCUAUUUUCUUGCUCGCUCUCUCUUUUCCUCUCUCUCUUUCUUGUAGCCAGGAAGUGCAGACGCCUUGACAGAAGCUAUCUGGCUCUGUUGUUGACGUAAUGAUGGUUGUGAUCUGUUUUUCACAGUCUCUCUCUCUCUUUGUGUCUGUCUGUGAACCGUAGUAGGAACAGUGUUUGAAUUUGUUUCCUAAUGAUGGACCUUGUCAUUGUAUUCAAAAUCUGCUAAAUAAAAAAACGAGCAAAUUA